AUGUCAGCCGAGCCUGUGAUAUCCACUGGGGAUGUGGAGCGACUGCUACACGCAACGUGCGUCAGGGGCGUCGAUAAAUCUGGACCCGCACCUGCACCCCUUCAGGAGAGGACAAUUGACUUCAGAAUCCUCGUCGAGCCUCCUCUUCUAUCAGCCAACAUCACUGAUCUCUGCAACGAACCUCUAUUUUUCUCAGGAUACCUAUCAGAAGAAGAACCAAUGUCGUCCGACGAUUCCAGCCUGUCAUCAAUGUCCAUCAGCACCGUUGCCGAUGAGUUUCUUGACGAGCUCGAAACAAACUUUCCGGAACUGCUGGCCGAGGAUUGCACUUUCGUUGAACAAGCCCAAUGUAAUCAGGCUGAAGCAGUAACUCUCGUCUCGCCAGGCAAGGCCAGAAUGGUUCGAGUAUCUCGAGUCGAUCUGAGUGCCUCGUCGUCGCCGAUCAUCAUACGUCCUACGACCUCAUCAGAUCUGAGGCCAAAUGGAAGCACAUCACGUUUAAGCAUCAUCUCAAUCCGGGCGCACAGCCACGAUGGCUCCGUCUCCUCUUCAAAGACGACAUCUCCCAAGGUUCCGUCGACACCGGAACUUGAGCCUGGACUUCAGACUCCGGCAUCGAGCCACGGGCCAGCCACUCCGGACUCACCGGCCUCUGCCUACUUUGAUGCCCUUACCAGUCCGACAUAUCCAUGCCCUCCUAAGCAUCGCAUGUCCCGCAACGGCUAUCACCUCAAGCUUCCGAGCAUGAACAAGCAACGUCCGGGAUCUUCACAGUCUAUGAUGGCACCACCACUAUCUGCUCCUCUCACAGCACCAUCCUCAUUCUUCAAGCCCAAGAUGACACCCCGCGGCGCUGCCGAGCGUAUGACACCCCGUGGUGCCAGUGAACGUAUGCCUUCCCUGGAUCUGCCACCCUAUCCUCGCGACUUUAUCCAGCAACCCCCGCAGAGCCGCUGGACUGUCCGCAAGGACUCGUUCAGCUCCGUAUCCUCAAAGGAUAUGCCUAGAUUCAGGCUCAAGCGGGCCGAAAGCGGCAUCCUACCGACCUGGCAAUGA